AUGAGAACUAAUUCGUGUAACUUUGUGAUGCUUCUUCAAAUUUGGUUGGAGAUUCCAUGACCAUGUCAUCUCAACAAACACAAUUUGCGCCCUCCACUCUGUCGAAAGUCAUCCUACGAAAUGUCUCGAUAUGACCCUUCCAUACCGAAGUCUGGCGAAAACCGGACGACAAUGGCAGACACAGAAAGCCAGGUUAGUCUGGCAUACGGUGUGGCCGUUACUGAACUCGACAAUAUUCUUAAGCUGGUUCGCUUAGUUGAACCUCCGCCUACGGAAGACGCCAACGCCUUGAAGAGAUACCCGGACCUGGUAUUCCACCAUGUCAAAAGGUUGGCAAAGAAGGUCAACUUUAGCAAAAGAUACCUCAAGGCCCGCGACACACAAUUCCACUACAGGGCCAAGCGAUUGCGCACCAAAGACCGGGUCAACAGGUUGCGACUCUGGAACAGAGAAAAGAAGCAAGAAUUGGAAGCCUGUCGAUUGCAGUCCGGAGAUGCUGGGCUCGAGGCGGCUCAGCACCGGUUCGACGAAGAGAAGCGCGUCAUGAUCAAGUGCUAUGGCCUAGAAGGGCUAUGGGAAAAAGCAAUGAAGAGGGAAGAGUUGAGCAAGAUGGAAGGAGAUGACUUGUCAAGCGGAUGCGAGACGAGCAUGGAGGAAUAGGACAAUUGGGCUAUACCGUGUGAUGAAGGGGACGAUUGAGGGUGGUGCUCAUGCUAGACAUUCCUGUUUCUCAGAGAGUGGGUUUAUAUAUAUGAGGUCAAGACAAUGGUAUUAGUUCGG